GGGCCCCCGGGCAAUAGGGGAUCAUGGCGCCCCUAUGUGUCCUUGCCCAAACUCAAAAAAGCCUAUGAAAAAGGUACCAGGGGCAUCUCAUGGGGCCCCUACUGACCCCGGGCCCUCGGCAGUACCUGAGUUUCCAAAUGGUCAGUCCGCCCCUGGUGUAGGAGCAUACAGAAGGAAGGUGGUCACCAGGGGCGGACUGACAACUCAUGGGGACCCCGGGCAAUAGGAGAUCAUGGCGCCCCUAUGUCCUUGCCCAAACUCAAAAAAGCCUAUGAAAAAGGUACCAGGGGCAUCUCAUGGGGCCCCCUACUGACCCCGGCCCUCGGGCAGUGCCCGAAUUUCCAAAUGGUCAGUUCGCCCCUG